AUGAAAGGGUCCAUUUGUUUGCACACCCUGUUGUUGCUCGUCGGCAUGCAGGAAAUGGGGGCCGGUCGUGUGUGCCCCCAACGUGGUGAGAGGAAAAGGGCGUACGUAAUAAAUAUGAAACGGGGGAGCGUGCAGAAUGGUGGAGCGAGGCGAGGGCUGUGGUCCGGGCGGGUAAAGUUUAGGAAGCGGGAGGACCUCUCCCGUGGGGGCAGAGGCCCUGAGUGCGCGGUGAACGCGGUGAACGCGGCCAGCGCGGCAAAUAAUGGCAACCCCGCUAACGCCGCUAACGAUGCUAACGCUUCUAACCCCUCUAACCGCGCUAACCGCGCUAACCCCGCCAACUGCAUCAACGUGGCCAUCUUCGGGAGCAGCGGGAGCAUCGGCGCGAACGCGCUGGACGUGAUUCGCGAGUGCAACCGAGUUGAGAGGCGCUUCAACGUGGAGGCCCUGUACGUCAACAAAAGCGUGACCAAACUGUAUGAACAGGCAAGGGAGUUUUUGCCAAAGUAUGUGUGCAUCCACGAUGAGUCAAAAUAUGAGGAAUUAAAAAUGUUGUUAAGAAAAAUAAAGGGAUACAACCCAGAGAUACUAGUGGGGGAUGAUGGCAUGAAACAAAUGUGCAGCAGCAACACACUAGACAGAAUUAUAAUUGGGAUCGACUCCUUCCAUGGGUUAUACUCAACCAUAUAUGCAAUUAAAAGCAAUAAAAUUAUUGGGCUAGCGAAUAAAGAGUCAAUCGUAUCUGCAGGAUUUUUUCUCAAAAAAUUAUUAACAAGUCAUACAAAAUCGUGCAUUAUUCCAGUGGACUCAGAACACAGUGCCAUCUUCCAAUGUUUGGAUAAUAACAAAGUUUUAAAAACGAAAUGUCUGCAGGAUAGCUUCUCCAAAGUGAAUCAAAUAAAAAAAUUAAUUUUAUCCUCCUCAGGUGGCCCCUUUCAAAAUGCCUCCCUUGAUGAGCUGAAAAAAGUAACCGCAGAAGAUGCCCUCAAACAUCCAAAGUGGAAAAUGGGACCCAAAAUAACCAUCGACUCUGCAACUAUGAUGAACAAAGGGUUAGAGGUGAUUGAGGCUCAUUUCCUCUUCGACGUAGAUUACAAUCAUAUAGAAAUCCUUGUGCAUAAGGAAUGUAUUCUCCAUUCGUGCGUAGAAUUUAUAGACAAAUCGGUUGUAAGCCAAAUGUACCUCCCAGAUAUGAAGCUUCCAAUUCUAUAUGCUUUGACUUGGCCUAAUAGAAUUGCUACAGAAUUGCCGUCUCUUAAUUUGGCUAGUACGUCUCCCCUUACAUUUUACUCCCCCUCACUGGACCACUUCCCUUGUAUCAAGCUGGCGUACCAGGCAGGUCGGCAGGGGAACUUCUACCCAACUGUCCUCAACGCGGCCAACGAGGUGGCCAACAAACUAUUUCUAAGUAACAAAAUUGGCUACUUUGACAUUGCCGCCAUCAUAUCUGACGUUUUGGAGUCCUUCACGCCGCAGGAGGUCUCCAACAACUGCGAGGAUUUGAUGCACCAAAUUGGGGGCAUCCACAAGUGGGCCGUCCGCAGGGCUGAGGAGGUGUACCGGGUGCGCUCCUCCGCAGCGCAGUGA